GCCGCGGGUGAGCUGUGCGGCCGCGAGCCCGAGCCAGCGCCAGCGCGAAGGCGCCGCAGCGGCAGCAUGGCUAGCACGGCCUCGGAGAUCAUCGCCUUCGUGGUCUCCAUCUCGGGCUGGGUGCUGGUGUCCUCCACGCUGCCCACGGAGUACUGGAAAGUGUCCACCAUCGAUGGCACGGUCAUCACCACCGCCACCUACUUUGCCAACCUGUGGAAGAUAUGCGUGACCGACUCCACGGGUGUCGCCAACUGCAAGGAGUUCCCCUCCAUGCUGGCUCUGGACGGCUACAUCCAGGCAUGCAGAGGGCUUAUGAUUGCCGCUGUCAGUUUGGGCUUUUUCGGUGCCAUAUUUGCGCUCUUUGGAAUGAAGUGUACCAAAGUUGGAGGCUCAGAUAAAUCCAAAGCUAAAAUCGCUUGUUUGGCUGGAAUAGUAUUCAUCCUGUCAGGGCUGUGCUCAAUGACCGGCUGCUCCCUGUACGCAAACAAAAUCACAACAGAAUUCUUUGAUCCUCUCUUUAUGGAGCAAAAGUAUGAAUUAGGAGCUGCUCUGUUUAUUGGAUGGGCAGGAGCCUCACUCUGCAUAAUCGGCGGCGUCAUAUUUUGCUUUUCAAUAGCUGACAACAAUAAAACACCCAGGAUGGGGUACACAUACAACGGAGCCACGUCUGUGAUGUCUUCUCGGACAAAGUAUCACGGUGGAGAAGGAGAUUUUAAAACCACAAACCCUUCAAAACAGUUCGAUAAAAAUGCUUAUGUCUGAGGAGUUCUGCAGAAAGCUGUCUUGAGUUUGCUAUCAAAACGGACUGUUCACAAAAUGAUCCCAUCAGAGACCUCUAAUUAACACUAUUUUUAAAAUGAAGAAUUCCUUGAUUGUAUGGAUGUAAAUGUUCUUACAUGGUUAUGUACUAAUCAUUUUCUGUUACGGCUUUCUAUAAAAAAAUAAACAGGUUAUUUACA